AUGAGACGACUGCUCUGUCUGCUGCAGGGCAUCAACGAUCGUCUGAUGGGCUUCCUCCUGCCCCUCCGCAGGGUCAAAUUCGCCAUUAUCGUCAGUUUCAACGCUCCCCCGAUGACCAGCCCCGACGCCGCGAGGGACACAUUCUACGAGAACGUGCACGCCCUCCUGGCGUCAGUGCCGAAGGCGGAUAAGUUGAUUGCCCUUAGUGACUUCAACGUCCGAGUCGGCAAAGACCAUGCUGCCUGGAGAGUGUUGGGUCCCCAUGGUCUCAACGGCUCCAAUGACAAUGACCUGCUCCCUCCAUGA